GAAUUCUAGAGGUUUUACACUGUGUGUUGGUGGAAAGUCCAGAAGCUCUAAACAUUAUUAAGGAAGGACAUAUUAAAUCAAUCAUCUGUCUUUUGGACAAACAUGGAAGAAACCACAAGGUUUUGGAUGUUUUGUGUUCUCUCUGUGUUUGUCAUGGAGUAGCUGUGCGGUCUAAUCAACAUCUAAUCUGUGAUAAUCUCCUGCCAGGAAGAGAUCUGCUCUUACAGACGCGCCUUGUCAACCAUGUGAGCAGCAUGCGACCCAACAUCUUCUUGGGGAUUAGUGAAGGCUCUGCCCAAUACAGAAAAUGGUACUAUGAACUUAUGGUGGACCAUCUUGAGCCUUUUGUGACCGCAGAAUCAACUCAUCUACGAGUGGGCUGGGCUUCAACAGAGGGCUACUCACCCUAUCCAGGGGGAGGAGCAGAAUGGGGAGGAAAUGGUGUUGGUGAUGACUUGUAUUCCUAUGGCUUCGAUGGUCUGCAUCUGUGGUCAGGUUGUGUAGCACGAACGGUAAAUUCUCCCAACCAACAUCUGUUAAGAACUGACGAUGUUAUUAGCUGCUGUUUGGACCUGAGUGCCCCCAGCAUCUCUUUCCGGAUAAAUGGUCAGCCAGUUCAAGGGAUGUUUGAGAAUUUCAACAUAGAUGGCCUCUUCUUCCCAGUUGUCAGCUUCUCUGCAGGAAUAAAGGUACGUUUCUUGCUUGGAGGUCGCCACGGAGAAUUCAAGUUCCUUCCUCCACCUGGGUAUGCCCCGUGCUUUGAAGCUGUCCUGCCAAAAGAGAAGCUGAAAGUGGAGCACAGCCGAGAGUACAAGCAGGAUCGUAGCUAUACAAGAGACCUGCUGGGUCCCACCAUCUCUCUGUCACAAGCAGCUUUCACUCCAGUUCCUGUAGAUACUAGCCAGAUUGUUUUGCCUCCCCACUUGGAAAGGAUUCGAGAAAAAUUAGCAGAGAACAUCCAUGAACUUUGGGUUAUGAAUAAGAUUGAACUUGGCUGGCAGUACGGACCAGUUAGAGAUGACAACAAAAGACAACACCCAUGCUUAGUGGAGUUCUCAAAAUUGCCGGAACAGGAAAGAAAUUAUAACUUGCAGAUGUCACUUGAAACACUGAAAACCCUGCUGGCAUUAGGCUGCCAUGUUGGAAUUGCUGAUGAACAUGCUGAAGAAAAAGUGAAAAAAAUGAAACUUCCAAAGAA